UUUAAUCGCUACCACCAGCAACAACAGCCGCAUCACCAGCAUCACCAGCGGUAAGCACCAGCAAAUACUGCACCCCGUCCCUCCCCACCCCCUCCGCAAUAGAGGUAAACCCGGUGAAUCUCUCUCUUUCUCUCGCUCCCUCCCUCCAUCUCUCUCCCUCUCUGUCUCUCUCCCUCCGUCAGCUGCAGAACUCGACCGACUCACGGUCAGGUGACAGCGCGGAGUGGAAUAUUCAUCAGCACCGUGCUUGUCUCAUCCCCGCUCCUCCAUCGGACUGUAGGGCUGCAGCAGCCCACUCGCGGUCCUCCUCCUCUUCCACCGCCACCUCCGCCACUACAACCCAUCUUCCUCCCGCCCUCCUGUGCAUCCUCUCUCAUCCGGGCCGGGACAUUCUCCGCUCCACGCUCACGCAAGAUUAACUGGGGAUUGUGGCUCUGCGCCCAUUCGCCCGCUCGCCCGCCCACUGAUGCUGAUGUCCUUGAGCUCGGCCUGCACGGUCUCUGUGGAGCGGCAGUAGCGUCUACCUACCUCACAUCUGCACCCACUUCCUCUCUUUGAUUUAUCAUCUUACUUUGGCUCUUGGCCGCGCUUUCCACCCGUCAGUCACCACCUUUGCCCCCACCCGCAUAUGCGUCAGCCGACCCGCCCGUCCAUGGACUGGCUGUGAACCCGCAAGGAGGGAGACAGGAGAGACAAAGGCAAAGAAAGCUGGAUUUUUUUCAGAUACCGCCGCGCUUCUCAAGUGCUCCUGCACACUGUUCUUCACCCCCCUCACCCUCCUCCUCCAGUGAUGGAGAAGUGAAGGAACAGCGGAAGGCCAGGCUGAGACACUGAAGAGGAAAAACAACGCAAUCAGCGCCCCUUUAUUCAACAAAAGGCAAUUGAAGCGUAUGCAUUAGAGAGUUUUGAAUAAGAAAUCAAGGAAGGAGCGAGACGGCCUGUUGAACACAUGAACAAGCUGUCAGCAAUUGCACCAGCGGGUCACUGAGCUGAGGACAGACAAGGAAGGAGGUGGGGAAAGACGAACACAACACAAAUCAACCUCGUGUCAUGUCAACAACGGCAACAAUGGGCGAAAUGGCUAACAGCGCAGUGGAGUUUUACCCCAAAGCCACUCGGGGAGGAGGAGGAGGAGGAGGAGGAAGGGAAGACGUGAGCCGUGGAGGCGGAGACUUUGGGGUCACGUUGAAGGAGCUGAGAGAGCUGAUGGAGCUGAGAGGGGGCGAGGCCCUGCAGAAGAUCCAGGAUAGCUAUGGAGACACAGACGGGCUCUGCCAGAGACUAAAGUCCAACACUACUGAUGGUCUAAGCGGGGAUCCAGCCGACUUGGAGCGUCGUGGUCAGACCUUUGGCCAAAACUUUAUCCCCCCAAAGAAGCCCAAGACUUUCCUUGAGCUGGUGUGGGAGGCCCUGCAAGAUGUCACGCUCAUCAUUUUGGAGAUUGCUGCAAUCAUCUCCCUCGCCCUUUCUUUUUACCAGCCUCCCGGAGACGAUUCAGAGUCGUGCGGCAACGUGGCGGCGGGAGCGGAGGAUGAAGGCGAGGGGGAGGCCAAUUGGAUCGAGGGUGCGGCCAUUCUACUGUCUGUGGCGUGUGUCGUCCUGGUGACGGCCUUCAACGACUGGUCCAAAGAGAAGCAAUUCCGGGGUCUACAGAGUCGAAUCGAGCAGGAACAAAAGUUCACCGUGGUACGGAAAGGAAAUGUCAUCCAGAUUCCUGUGGCUGACAUGGUGGUGGGGGACAUGGCCCAGGUCAAAUAUGGGGACCUGCUGCCAGCCGAUGGUAUUUUAGUUCAAGGUAAUGAUCUGAAGAUAGACGAGAGCUCCCUCACAGGCGAGUCGGACCAUGUACGCAAGUCUGUGGACAAGGACCCCAUGUUGCUCUCAGGUACACAUGUGAUGGAAGGCUCAGGCCGCAUGCUGGUGACGGCCGUCGGUGUCAACUCGCAAACGGGCAUCAUCUUCACUCUGCUGGGGGCUGGUGAUGUGGAGGAAGAUGGGAAAGAAAAAAAAGGGAAACAACCCGACGGCGCAGUGGAGAACAACCAGAACAAAGCCAAGAAGCAGGAUGGGGGUGUCGCCAUGGAGAUGCAACCCCUAAAGAGCGCCGAGGGAGGAGAAGUAGAGGACAGAGAGAAGAAGAAGACCAACGUACCCAAAAAGGAGAAGAGCGUCUUGCAGGGCAAGCUUACCAAACUUGCCGUUCAAAUUGGAAAAGCAGGUUUGGUGAUGUCCGCAAUCACUGUCCUCAUUCUGGUGCUCUACUUUGUCAUCGACACCUUUGUUGUUGAAGGUCACACCUGGGUGACGGAGUGCACUCCGGUCUACAUCCAAUACUUUGUCAAGUUUUUCAUUAUCGGAGUCACUGUGUUGGUGGUGGCGGUCCCAGAAGGGUUACCUCUCGCUGUCACCAUCUCUCUGGCGUACUCUGUCAAGAAAAUGAUGAAGGACAACAACCUUGUACGCCAUUUGGACGCAUGUGAGACGAUGGGUAAUGCCACAGCUAUCUGCUCGGACAAGACAGGCACGCUCACCACCAAUCGAAUGACUGUGGUGCAGGCUUUUAUAGGGGACGUGCACCACCGCUUGAUCCCAGAUCCUGGACAGAUCAGCCCGCGGACAUUGGAGCUGUUAGUCCAUGCUAUUUCAGUCAACAGUGCCUACACCUCCAAGAUCUUACCACCGGAUAUGGAGGGAGGUCUGGCGAAGCAGGUGGGCAACAAGACGGAGUGCGGCCUGCUGGGAUUUGUAUUAGACCUACAACAAGACUAUACUCCCGUCAGAGAGCAGAUCCCAGAGGAGAGGCUCUACAAAGUGUAUACCUUUAACUCAGUGCGUAAAUCCAUGAGCACGGUGAUAAAGCUGCCAGAUGGUUCCUUUCGUCUCUACAGCAAAGGAGCUUCUGAGAUCAUGCUAAAAAAAUGUUCUUACGUCCUCGAAGCCAAUGGAGAACCUCGUAGUUUCCGCCCAAGGGACAGAGAUGAAAUGGUCAAACAGGUGAUCGAGCCGAUGGCAUGUGAGGGCCUGAGGACCAUCGGCAUCGCUUAUCGAGACUUGCCCGCCAAUCCAGAGCCCGAUUGGGAAAAUGAAGCAGAAAUAGUGACAGAGUUGACCUGUAUCACUGUGGUCGGCAUCGAGGAUCCAGUACGACCCGAGGUACCCGAGGCCAUCCGGAAGUGUCAGCGUGCGGGCAUCACUGUGCGGAUGGUGACUGGUGAUAACAUUAACACGGCCAGGGCCAUUGCUGCCAAGUGUGGAAUCAUCCACCCUGGGGAUGACUUUAUUUGUCUUGAGGGGAAAGACUUCAACCGACGAAUCAGGAACGAGAAGGGGGAGAUUGAACAAGAGCGAAUUGAUAAAAUCUGGCCCAAGUUGCGCGUGUUGGCUCGGUCUUCACCAACAGAUAAACAUACCCUCGUCAAAGGAAUUAUUGACAGUACCGUUCUAGAACAGAGGCAGGUGGUUGCUGUCACAGGCGAUGGAACCAAUGACGGACCAGCUUUGAAGAAGGCUGAUGUUGGCUUCGCUAUGGGCAUCGCCGGCACAGACGUGGCUAAAGAGGCAUCUGACAUCAUCUUGACUGACGAUAACUUCAGCAGCAUCGUGAAGGCGGUGAUGUGGGGACGAAACGUCUACGACAGCAUUUCCAAGUUCCUGCAGUUCCAGCUCACAGUGAACAUCGUGGCCGUCAUCGUCGCCUUCACUGGAGCUUGCAUCACUCAGGAUUCUCCUCUGAAGGCGGUGCAGAUGCUGUGGGUGAACCUCAUCAUGGACACUUUUGCCUCUUUGGCCCUGGCCACCGAGCCCCCUACAGAGGCCCUGUUGCUACGGAAACCUUAUGGUCGCAACAACCCGCUCAUUUCCCUCACCAUGAUGAAAAACAUCCUGGGUCAUGGAGUUUACCAGCUGGUUAUCAUCUUCACCCUGCUUUUCAUAGGCGAGCGCAUUUUCAACAUCGACAGCGGCCGCAACGCUCCGCUCCACUCACCCCCAUCCGAGCACUACACCAUCAUCUUCAACACUUUUGUCCUAAUGCAGCUGUUCAAUGAGAUCAACGCACGGAAGAUCCACGGCGAGAGAAACGUCUUUGACGGCAUAUUCUCCAACCCAAUCUUCUGCUCCAUUGUUCUGGGCACCUUUGCGGUACAAAUUGUGAUUGUGCAGUGGGGUGGGAAGCCAUUCAGCUGUGCUCCACUCAACAUAGAGCAGUGGCUCUGGUGUCUGUUUGUGGGAGUUGGAGAGCUGCUGUGGGGUCAGGUGAUCGCCACCGUCCCGUCGGAGCGGCUGCCGUGCCUGAAGGAAGCGGGUCUCGGUCUGGAGCCCGGGGAGGAGGAAGGGGAGGAGCUUGCAGAGGAUGAAGAGGAGAUUGACUGUGCUGAGAGAGAGCUGCGUCGUGGACAGAUCCUCUGGUUCCGAGGCCUCAACCGCAUACAGACUCAGAUGGAGGUAGUGAGCACGUUCAAGCGAAGCGGCUCGUUUCAGGGAGCAGUGAGAAGGCGCUCCUCCGUGCUAAGUCAGCUCCACGACAUGCGAGUGGUGAAAGCAUUCCGUAGUUCGCUGUACGAGGGCCGGGAGAAACCAGAAUCCCGCAACUCCAUCCACAACUUCAUGGCCCACCCAGAGUUCCUCAUCAAUGACCUCAUCCACAACAUCCCACUGAUUGAUGACACUGAUGUGGAUGACGAAUCCGAACUCAGCAGAUAUCAGCACGUGCACCCGGCCCUUCGCAAGCCGCCGCCCCCUCCCACCCAGCCCCAGCCCACGGCCCGCACCCGUCCCACCCGUCCAUACCGCCAGUAUAGCCUCCCAGUGACCCAGUGCAACCGAAAUAAUAACAACAGCGGCAGCAGCAGCAGCGGCACUUCAUCGAUCGCCCACGCCAACAAUCACAGCAUCAACACCAUCACCCCUAGCAACCAAACCAUUCAUCAUCAUCACCACCAUCAACACUGCAACGACCAUCAUAGCAGGGACCGGCUGGGGAACCCCCCAACCCCUUACCUCGCCCACCUCUACUGUGUGGAGACCACCUUAUAACUUGCGUGGGUCGGGGAGAAGGGGAACUGAGGUCAAAACGGGAGCAGAGGAGAGAGCUUGAGGACGCACACAUGACAUUUCCAUCCGGUCUCACCUGUGACACAGGAGGGAGGAGGACAACGGCUGCCGACUCCAUGUGAACAUUGACUCUAUCAAACGACCACUCCCUCCCCCUCAACCGCUCGCCGCUCACUCCGCCUUGACCUCCACUCACUCUUCAGCCUGCCCUCCAUCCGUUGACAGUGGCUUUGGAGGCAGAGGGGCGUCCUUCAAAGCGUCAGCAGACCCGGAUCAUGCGGCAGCGAGGGGGGCCAAUCCCUUCAUUCCCGCUGGUGUUAAUCGAGUGCGGUUGCCAUGACCCCACCUACUCGCCUGCCAUGACACUACAGCCACCGUGCUCAACAAUUUGUCAUCGAAAACGUCAAACAACUCAUUUUGCUCGUGAUUUAAUUGUUGAAGCUUUAACUUCCUCAUCCAUGCUCAUCUUGGAGUCAUUCAUUUUCAAACAUAAUAUGGUGCUCAUUCUUUUCCACGUUGCUUCAGUUCUUCUCUUGGUCCCCACAGCAUGAUAUUUUUCAUUGUCCUUCCGAUCACGUCUCUUGCUCUCUUUCAAUGUGUGUUGUCUUGUCUCUUCUGGGGAACAAAAAAAAAAAAAAAGGAUAUACAUUUCAAACAGGUACCCUUCAUUUAAACCUAACAGUAAAGGGGAAUUAUAUGAAUAUAUAUAUAGAGAGAUAUAUAUAUACAGUACAUAUGUAUAUAUUAUAUUAUUAUUUUUUAUUAAUAAUUGGGAUGCGACAAUACAGAAGUUGUCACCAGUCGCCAAUCCUUGAAUGCUGCCCCGUGUCCACAUGAUAUGUUGUCUGUGUGGGACGUACACACCCAAACAUACAGUACAGCACAGCGGCCCCAUGCAUACGAUGAACUGAUGUAUGGCUUCUGUCUCGAUACUGUAUCCUAGCUAAGUCGCUUCAUUUCCUCUUCCCUUGCUUUGCCCCACUUUGUUUUGGCUCACUAUCCCUAAUCUUUUUUUUUUUUGAAUGCUUGGAAAGCAUUAUCCCUUUAAAUUGCAUCAGGUCACAAUGCACAGACUUUGGGCCCUUUAAGACUGACACUCACCUCAAAGCUGCGUUUGCUCACAUGUCUGGGGUCAACACCAUCAUGAAUGGAUGGAUGGAUGGAUAGAUGGAUGGAUUGAUUGAUUGAUUGAUUCAUACUGCUAAUAAUUCAUUGUUGGUUUAGCCCCUAACCCUACUAUGUAAAACCAAUAAGCGCAUUGUUUGUCACAUAAUUGAUUUGAUCAACUUCCCAUCGUUAGGCAGCAAAGUUAAAUGAGCAGGUGCGCUGUCAAAAAAUUGUUUUUUCAAGUUGGGCAGUUGAACAAACUAUUUCAAGUUUUGCUGUUAGGGUUAGGUAGAGUUCACACCACUCAUUGUCCAUUGCUGUGUUGGAGCAAACAAUUUGCUUGCUAACUAACAUCGUUGCCAUAAAUGUCGAUUAUUUCUAUUUUAAAGUUGUUCUAACAGUUCUAGUCCCCCCAAAAUACAAAUUGUAUUUUUUACAGUGUGAUGGUUGCAUGAUAAGAUUAAUAUUUUCACGUGAUAACACGGCAGUAGGCGGAAACCUAAGGCGUUUUACCACUUGUUCAAUUUUUAAAUGUGUAAUUUAUAGUGUGACCUUCAACAGCUCCAAAAUCAAAUUAAGUGGAGGUUAGUGUUACAUUUGUCCCCAAACUAGACCAUAUCUGCCUCAAGUUUCUUUUUAAUUCUCCUUUUCCUUUCUUCAGAUUAUCUUAUUCCAAUGGGCUAUUUUAUUUUAAAGUUGUUCAAUUUAAUCCUCCCUUGACUUGUAAAACACGUCAUCAUCACCCGUGUUCUUCUGCUGCAAUCAUGCAUUUUUACUGCCUCAUAGUGAGGCGUUUGGGGUCCAUUGUGAACUCCGAAGUUACCAAAUAUGGUUGCUUGCCUGAUACAGGGAGGGAAGUGAACGGAUCCAAACGAUCUUGUACAGUCAAAUUGUUUAUAUGCUACAACAGCACUUCUUUGCUUUCGCAGAAAGAUGUGCUUUCUAAUCUGUCGGCUAGUUUAAAUGCACGCAUUAUGAAAUGAGUAAGCAAAAUUUAGUACAUCCUUGUGGCUCUGGGGUCAAUUGUAACACAAUAAAACACUAUGUAGUAUAUAUAUAUAUAUAUAAUGUAUAUAUAUAUAUAUAUAUAUAUAUAUGUGUAUAGUUACAUGUUAUUUGCUUUGCUCUUGGUUUGCCCUAUAAGCUCCUCAAUGUGAUCAUGGCAACAAUGUGAAAAACAAUCCUGUUUUCAAGCGUGUAACAGAGCCACACAAAUAUUUGACAUCAUACAUGAUGGUAAGACCAUGUGAGCCGGUGACAUUGCAUUCCACCACAUUCAUCUCCGUGACCUUCCGUGGAGCAUCAAGCACAUUCCAAUCAAGCGCGUCCCCCAAGUAUGCCGUGUUGUCCCACGUGCGGGUGAACUGCUGACUUCACGUUGCCUCGGAGUGCAACGCAAUACAAAUUAACUCCCUCCCUCCGGUCACCACCACCACCUUGUCCUCCGGCCUCCCCACACUGUUCUCCUGUUGACUUCCUGACUGGACCCACAAGCAGAAAAAGGCAAGGGCGGAUAAUAUGCAACUGACUGACAUGUCAUCACGUGUAACCCAGAUUCGAACUGCAGUGCAACAGGGAUGCUAACACAUGCAAAAACAGAGCGGGAAUAUGCGUGUCCUGCUAGUUCUGUUUCAGGAGGGGCGCAAGGCUCCUUGGAAAAACCCGUAACUGUACAGAACUCUUGUCUUCUUGAAUGCUCAUCAUCAUUAUGGUCGCCGCCCUCACCCGGGUGGUGGCAUUGUGUUACUCUGUCCGUUUUGAAGCAUGCAUUUUGGUAUCAUUAAUGUCACUCUUUAUGCGUAGGUUAAUCAUUUAGACGACUGUCACGACUGUGUGCUAUGAACUCUCCACGUUUGCUCUCUCAUGCGCACACGCACGCACACAUGCACACACAGACACACACACACACACACCUGUUCAAGGCUAACCUUGUCUAUUUCAUUGCCUCGUAGCACAGCUCUGUCGGUGCUUCUUAGAGUAAACAAACAAAAAAAAAAAGACACGCACACCAAACAUGCUGAGCAAAUCUACAGUGUUGUAAAUUAGACAAAUCAGUUCCGGCCAUUUCUGUCCAUCUGUCCAGCCAUGUUACAUUAUGAUGUUGUGAGAUAGAUUACCAGAAGGCAAAAGCAGAAUGUGAAAAAGAAUAUAUUUAUCCCAAAUUCGAAAUUGUACAACUGCAUCAAAACUGUACAGCUCACCCCUAAAGUGCACACACGCAACUUUCAUUUACAGGUACUAUGUUCCUGUUACUUUAUUUUAUGUUUUUUUUCUUUUCCUUUUCAGUCCGUUUGCUUUUUGUAAGGAGAUGAAAAACUAAACAGAAGCACUUGUACAUGACAUGAUUACUGAUUUUCUCCACCGGUGCUCCCACUGAUGGAAAACAUCCAAUGCACAUUCUCCUGAGCAUAUUCCGCGGGCUGUGUUUUCUGUCCAGUGAGCAGCCCCUGAAGCGUGCAGAGGUGCCGAGAUAAUUUCGAGUCUCUCGAGACCGUAGUGGGGACUCACUCUGCCGAUAAGCUGGAGACAAAAGUCACUUUAUUAUUAUGAUCGAAAGCACUGGACAAAAUGAGGCUGGACAACUGGAGGGUGGCACAGAGCUAGAGACUGCAGAAGUGCAAUACAUCCAUUGUGUGCAUUGUUGAGGCUGCUCUUUUAGAUCUGCCGCAGGUUUUUACGGCCCGAGGGGAGAAUUUAAGCUUUUACAUUAUUCAUUAUACAUACUGUUGUAAAUUUGGUGCGUGGAAUGGAUGGUCCUCCUUCUUGCACAAUGCAGAGCUGUUCUGUGGACAGAAAAUGCAGCCUGAAUUGUGCUGAGAAAAAAAAAGACCAAAAAAAAAACCCCAACACACACAAAGACUAUUGAAUAUAUUAAAGAGUUACCUGCCUGUUAUUUAAGCGAAUAAAUAUCUAUAUAUAUGAGGAAGAACACACCUGUAUACUGUAGACAAACUGUAUGGAAAUCUAAGAUAAUUUAUCGGGAAUUAAGUCCUACACCUUUUGUCUGUAUGAAAGAAAAAAAAUACAUCAAAGUAUUCUACAAUAAUAACUUUGACAAGUC